UCACAGCGGCUUUUUUACCACGUGAUCAGCCGUGUCCAAUGAUACGCUGAUCACCGGCAGUUGUCAGAGCAGGGAUCAGCACCGAUCAUCAGGGCACUGAUGAUCAGUGCCCUGAUGAUCGGUGCCCAGCAGUGCCACCCGCCAGUUCCGCCCACCUGUGCCCAGCAGUGCACCCACCUGUGCCCAGCGGUGCCACCCAACUGUGCCCAUCCACCUGUGCCCACCAGUGCCACCCACCUGUGCCCAUCAAUGCAGUGCUGCCAGUCAGUGCCCGGGGGUUGUGCCAGUCAGUGCCCAGCAGUUGCGCCAGUCAGUGCCCAGCAGUGAUGCCAAUCAGUGCCACCCAUCAGUGACGCCUAUCUGUGCCACCUCAUUAGUGCUGCCUAUCAGUGACGCCUAUCUGUG